AUGAUUACAUUGCAUCAACCAAAAGAUUCACGAAAUCAAGAUGGAAAAGCACCACAAGAAUUGAAUGAACAUAUCCAAUCGAUUCAAUAUGAGCUAAAAGAAAUAGCUGGUCAAAAUUUAAGUAAAUUCGAUUCAUUAUGGAGACAUCUUACAUAUAUAUUUGAUCGUGGAUUUGCAAAACUUCAACUACAAUGGUCAAUAAAUGAACUUGACUAUCAAAUUCUAUUGAUAAUCGAACUAAUAACAAAUAUGAAAAGUUAUGAUAACAGUCUUCAAGAAUCACUAAUGAUUUCAAUGGUACCAAGUGAACAACCACUCAUUCGUGUUGCAUCCUUGAUCAAUACAAUCAAAUAUCAUUUUGUCAAUUGUUGCAUUCAUUUUGAUUCCAUUCAUUGA